GCAAAGGUAGGCCUUACAUGCUUGUGAACCGCUGACGCCAAUGCAUUCGUUUCGACCAAUACAUUUCCUUCCUGUCGGCCUAAAUUUUAUCCGCCACGACUAGAGCUGUCGAAGCUUACAACUAGAUUCCGGACGGGUUUACCUACGACAAGUUAAAGACUACCCAGCAAGUAACGUUAAUCUAUGGUUAAGAUAACCAAGGUAUUCAGAUAAAUCUUUAUACUGAGCUAGUUUCACCAGUUUUGCGAAGUGAGAGAAAACGACGUCGACGACGGAGAACCAAAAGGACGACUGCAUACCGGCAAACAAAGAAACCUUCCUUCAAAAAAUAAUUUCUGUCCUCUCUUUAGUUAGCUAUGAGUCAUGUGGCCGUUGAAAAUGUACACGGUCUAGAUCAGCAGAUUGCUGCUCUAGACUUGAACUCUGCAGACCUGCAGGGUGGUGGUACAGGCAGACGUUACAUUCCACCUCAUCUAAGGAACAGAGAGGCUUCCAGUAGUGAUUCUGCCGGUUGGGAUGGAGGUCGUAAUAAUGGCUUUGUGAGCAAUGGCUACCAGGCUAACGGAAGUGGUUUAGCUGGACGUGGCUCAGUUCGCCAGGACCGCGGUGGCCGUGGAGGAUUCCGUGGCAGAGGUGCAAGUUCCUACAAUGCUGCCCAGCCCAUGCAGAAUGCAGGAUUCGGUGGUGACGGUGGUGGUGGUGGUUGGAAUGAUCAGAAGGAUAGCCGUGAUGCUUACACAAGCUUUGGCGGCCGCAAUGACCGGGGCAAAUCUGCUUUCGGGGGUACUUCCACAAGGGGGGGCGGAAGGUAUGAGCGUGGAAGCUUUGGAGGUGGAGGAGGAAACAGUCGCUGGCAGGAGGAACCCAGAGAGGAAGAUGAUUGGUCCAAACAACAGGCCCGCAAUGAGCGCCUGGAGAAUGAGCUGUUUUCCGGCGGCAACACAGGAAUCAAUUUUGAGAAAUAUGAUGACAUUCCCGUGGAGGCAACAGGACACAACAGCCCUAAUCCCAUCGAUCAGUUUGCGGAUAUCGACAUGGGGGAGAUCAUCAUGGGCAACAUCGCACUGAGUUCAUACACACAUCCCACUCCUGUGCAGAAGCACGCCAUUCCCAUCAUCAAAUCCAAGAGGGACCUGAUGGCCUGUGCUCAGACAGGUUCAGGGAAAACCGCUGCGUUCUUGCUGCCUGUGCUGAGUCAGAUCUACACAACGGGACCUGGAGAUGCCCUUCUGGCCACCAAGAACAGCGCCCAGGAGAAUGGAAGAUUUAGCCGGCGCAAGCAGUAUCCCCUCGCUCUGAUCCUGGCCCCAACAAGAGAGCUGGCAUUGCAGAUAUAUGAUGAAGCCAGGAAGUUUGCAUACCGCUCCCGUGUGCGUCCAUGUGUGGUGUAUGGAGGAGCGGACAUCGGCCAACAGAUUCGUGAACUGGAGCGAGGCUGUCAUCUUUUGGUGGCAACGCCUGGACGCCUGGUGGACAUGAUGGAGAGGGGCAAGAUUGGCAUGGACCACUGCUGCUACCUGACGCUGGAUGAGGCUGACCGCAUGUUGGACAUGGGCUUUGAGCCCCAGAUCCGUCGCAUCGUGGAGCAGGACACUAUGCCUCCCAAAGGUGUGCGCCAGACCAUGAUGUUCAGUGCCACCUUCCCCAAAGAGAUCCAGAUAUUGGCUCGUGAUUUCCUGGAGGACUACAUCUUCCUGGCAGUGGGUCGUGUGGGCUCUACGUCAGAGAACAUCACGCAGAAAGUGGUUUGGGUUGAAGAGGGAGACAAGAGAUCUUUCCUGCUUGAUCUGCUCAACGCCACAGUUUUACCCGGCGAUCAGGACCCAUCUGGGGAAAACCCCGGUGACAAGCCUGGCAAGGAGUCUCUCACUCUGGUGUUUGUGGAGACCAAGAAAGGUGCCGACGCCCUGGAGGACUUCCUGUACCGCGAGGGUUAUUCCUGCACCAGUAUCCACGGUGACCGCUCUCAGAGAGACCGUGAGGAGGCUCUUCACCAGUUCCGCUCGGGGAAGUGCCCCAUUCUGGUGGCCACAGCUGUGGCUGCUCGUGGACUGGACAUUCCCCAUGUGAAACACGUCAUCAACUUUGAUCUUCCAAGUGACAUUGAAGAGUAUGUCCACCGCAUUGGGCGUACAGGCCGUGUGGGAAAUCUGGGCCUGGCCACAUCAUUCUUCAAUGAAAAGAAUGCAAACAUCACUAAGGACCUGUUGGACCUGGUAGUGGAGUCUCAUCAGGAGGUUCCAUCCUGGCUGGAGAGCCUGGCCUUUGAACACCAGCACAAGAGUACCGGCCGUGGACGCUCUAAGGGAUUCUCUGGCUUUGGUGCCAGAGACUACAGACAGACCGGUGGUGGGGGUAGUACCAACGUCUUCGGAGGAGGUCGAGGAGGAGGAGGCGGCAGCCGCAGUACUGGUGGAAGCCAUGGUGGAAACCGUGGAUUUGGUGGCGGCGGUGGUGGUGGUGGUGGCUUUGGGAAUUUCUACAGCAAUGAUGGAUACGGAGGAAGCUACUCUGGUGGGAGUGGUGUGGACUGGUGGGGCAAUUAAUAACUCCAAUCCCCCUGAUACCCCCUUCAACCCCCACUCCACACAAGUUCAUGGGCUCAUAUGGCCCAGCUUGCUGAAUGGGAACCACAUGUUAGCCAGAUUGAAUAACCAUGUGUAGCUUCAGGACCCUCUCCGUACAUUAUCAGUCGUGAUUCUUUGUGGUGACGUGGAAGAAAAAAGGAAGUGGCAAGCAUCAAGAGAAUCUGAGAAUAUAUCCACCCAUCUAUUGCUCUCUGUCUGACACAAAGAUGGACGGCUAAGGCUAUUUGUUUAUUUGCAUCAUUAUCUUUUUUUUCUGCAAAACAAAGAAUCACUUGAUAAUGUACUCUGUCUUUUUUUUCUUUAUUUUGUUUACAUUUGCUUUUAAAAAAAAGCAUUGUACUUACUGACAUCUGGCCAUGAAUACUUCAACUUUUAUAUUUUCUUAAAAGGCAAAUAAUUGAGAUCAGAUUAAAUCAAACCUUGGCAAAUGUCUUGCGAUAUAAUGACUGAGUUGGUCAUUAUUCCAUUUUGAACUUCAAAUUUUGUCACCAGCCAUCCUGUGACGCGAUCAUAGGCGUGUUCCUUUAUUGGAAGAAAUGAUCUGGCAAAAUGUAUUUCAAAUGAAAAACGUGAUCUGUUCACUCUGUUCUUUAAAGGUACCUAUCAGAUUUCUUUGAACAAGCCAUUCCAGUGCAUAAUCUUAAUAUUCAGUCAUAUUUAAUUUUCUCAGAAUGUGUUUACAGCAAAGGCACUUGGUGCUUGAACUUAAAGGCCAUUCGUUUGAGCUUAUCUGCUAAAGGCAGCUUGUUGAUUUCAAGAGACUAGCAUGAAUGGUGUUAUUUGAAUAGCACAUUCUUACUUGAACUGUAUGAAAAUGAUGGAUAUUGAGGAAAUCUGUUUCUUAAUCAUAAUGAGAGACUGGAGUUGUACAAAAGCCACAUUUGCGAAAGUGGAAUGGUUACACACGGACUGCAGGAGUGAGUGUAUUAAUGCUACCACUGCAACGCUCCCAUGCUAGUGGUGUUUUUUGGUCAAGGAGACAAAAUCUGCAGAAGGCUUUAUUUCACUACACAAUCAUUAAAAAUCAUUUUUAUUUCACUUAAUUUUCUUGCUCUCUUUUUUUUUUUUCCCCAAGCUGCGUUCAAAUUCUGAAAGACAUCCUAGGCUUACUCAUAAGGCACAGCUCCGCCCGUCACCAAGGUCAGGCAGGACUUGGUGUUCUCUUCUGAUAGUCGAGAAUGUCAUUUGCGGCUAGUUGUAGAAUAUGGUAGGAUCUCCAAGAACAUAGGAACUUCACAAGGUGUGGCAUGAUGCAUUUUGUUUUUUGGUGUAGGCGUUCUUUGGAACCACUAUGUUACCAUCGGAUUGGGUGCUGUUCAAUUCCUGUUCCAUUCUGACUGCACGCUGGCAGCUAAUGUGAGGAAAUCUGGGGGAUGGGUUGCUGUAGUGUACUGUGGAGACUAUAUCAAUUGUUGGUGGCUGGUGUCGAGGGGUAAUCCCCGAGGCAGGUGGCAUCCUUUUUUUUUCUCAAGGAGAAAGUCAUUUGGGAGUGGGCAUGAAGAGUCUUCUGACUCCAGUGCAAUAGAUUCACUUUCAACUGUGUUGUGCCUUGACAUUUCAGAUGAAUCAUACAUUCUUUGCCCAAUACCAAUGCACUGACAGUAUUGUGGUAACAAAAUUUGUGUGGUGCUACGAGUUGGGUCUAGAUUCUCUUACAUUACACCCAUCAAGUUUUCUAAGUUAUUUUAUUGCACGUGUGCAGUUUUAUAGAUGUCUCGAGUACAUGUCCUUGUGUGUAAAGAUUGUUAAAACGCAGCUUGUUUACAAAAGGGAUAGGGUUCUCGGCAUUUGACCUGGGUUUAUUUGGGACCAGGGAAUUGGCAGUGGAGAAUUUAGCCAUUUGCACAGAUUACUAGAUUCUACUUUUGCUGCUAGACUGUGUAAUUUAUUAAGCGUUUUUGAAAAGUAUUUAUUUUUAUAUGCCUAAAAAGUGAUACUUUCAAUUAACUUGACCAAAAGACAGUAAAAACACUGGCACUUGAAUGUUUGUCACCUGAGUGAAAGUUGUUUUAUGGGAUAGUGUGAGGUUUUUAAUGUCAGCUAUCGGCCUUGUGUGCAUUUUGAUCAAUUCAAAUUGGCUGUCAAAAUUUGAAAGCUUACCACCAUGCCAAGGUUUGGACAGAAAAAAAAUAACAGUACAUUUAUUGUCAGUAAAGAGUUGGUUUUUCUUUUGUUUGCUUUUUUUUUUAAAAGCCCUUUUCCCUCCCCCACCCCUUAUGACAGGCACAUGAAAAUUGAUUAAAACAUAAUACAUGUGGUGUACUAUAAUGUUGAAAUGGAUUCUUGGGCAUCUCAUGGAUGAUGCUUUAUUUGAUGUGUUUGGUACUCUAGCAGCCAAAGUGAGGAUUUUUAUCAGGGUUCUCACUCCCAGUAGAGGUUAGUAUUUGCUUUGUGUAUAGUGUAGAUACUAUGCACAACAUGAAGACAAUUGUCAAUUGUAAGAUUUUACCAAAUAAAAAAUUUGACAUUGCAAA